AUGCCUAACAUCAGCUUAACUCAGCAGACACAUUCCUCAAAUGAAACACUGACCGCAGUCUCCGAGAGUCUCCGCUCCAUCCUCAUAGCACUGUACAGCAUUGACUUGGCUGGUGGCACUCUUGGGGUCAUCGUGAUGUCCCAUCACUUGUUUCGAAGGAGAUCGCAAUCUGUGAUGACCAUUAUCAUGAUCAACCUCCUGGUACUGCACACCCUCCUGCUCCUCAGCAUCCCCUUCCGCCUCAGCUACUACAUUUUACGUGAGUGGAAAUUCAGCACGUUCACCUGCAGGCUAGUCAGUGCCAUGACCUAUCUCCACAUGUACACCACCUUCACUUUUUACAUUUCUAUCAUCAUAAUACGUCGCUUCCAACUAGAGUUUAAGAAGUGCUACACUACAGUGGGGGUGACUGCUGUCUGGAUGUUUGGGGCACUGGUGAUCUCACCUGUUUUUCUCUCUUAUUACGGAACCUUUAAAACAUAUGAUUCCUCUGAAUGCUUUCAGUUCCACCAGGAGAUACAGGAGAAACCUAUAGUGAUAGCAAACUACUGCUUAGUUGGAAUUUUGGUGGUGAUUUGCACUGUGGUCACCACAAUCCAGUUAGCUGUCAUCUAUAGACUGGCUGUGAAAUAUUGGCCUGACAUCUACUCCCAUGUUGAAUUCAGGGCUCAGGUAAAGAGUUUCUUCUUCAUCUUAGUAACAUUAGUGUGCUUUGUGCCUCAUCAUGUUUUCAGAAUAUAUUACAUCCAAAACUACAAUGUGGAUAAAGACCAUAAACUAUUCCCAUACAAUGAAAUUUUCCUAGCUUUAACAACAAUGUGCUGCUUGGAUAUGUUGUGCUUCACAGCUGGAAUAGCCCACUGA